AGACGCUUGUUCACCUCUUGCGUGUGCAGACGAUCGUCUCCCGAAGCACUUGCAGAGGAACGUUUUUAAUAAAUUUUGCGCCGGAAGACGAUUUCAAAAGCCGCGACGCUCAACAGUUUUUCCCGCGAAAACAAUAAUUCAGUGCUGAUAUUCGCGCCAAAAAUAAAAUGGAGCAAUGACAGUGAUUGCUAAGGCUAAUUCCUAACACUCCCAUCCCCUAUCCCUAGCCUAGACAUUAGUGUGUACCGCGUGUGAAUUAUGGACAUAAAACCUCUUUCGGAUGUGCAAAAACAGACAUUUCAGUGUUUGGUGGACAAAUUAAUAGCCAGGAAGAAAUUUACGGCGCAAGAGGCGGAAGAUUUCCAAAAAUUAGUGGAAAAUGCGCGUAACUCGAGGAAUUUGCAGAAAAUAAUGGAAACCUUCAAGGAUAGUGGAAAUAUUGAGGUGGACAAAAUUGAGGAUAGCUUUAAAGAAGAGAACGGCGUUUACAUUAAGGACACUGCCAGAAAGUUUCCCGGCGGUCAAACCCUCACACCUCGUCACACCAUUGAUGCCAUCCUGGGUCUCAAUGCGGCCAGAAAUGGUGAUUCUUGCGGUGAGGCAACGGAGAAUCCUAAUCUGCGAUAUACACCAUUAAAUCACAUAAAGGGAGCUGACAAUCAAAUGCUGACCAGAAACAAUUUGAGUGGUUCAUUCAAUUUUCUCGAUGUGGAGAAGUACCAUCUUCAGCCUCAGCAGCUCAAUUACUCAGCAAAUCUCAAGACGGCCUCAAUGGAGGCAUCCCCUAUAGAGGGGGGCUACGACGAAGUAUACCCCGGUAGUCGUCCAUUUUGCAAAAUCCUCACGAGGCAGAAUCCCUCAGUUGAUGAUUAUGACGACGCUUUGUCUCCUGGAGCUGAACCCGCCAAAGAUCUCUCCCCAAAACGGAAGCACUACGAAGAUCUGGACACCAAUGGAGAUGCCAAGAAGAUAGUGGUGCUGGGACAGGACGGAUCAGGGGAGUAUAUGAAGACUUUCGGGAGGGAUUUUGAAUCGAUGCAGGGGGAACCAAUGAUGGGGAAUGAGGAGUACCGGGUGGGGUCUGGAGAUAUCCGUAAUACCAUCAUUGUUGAUGAUGCCAAUAGGGCUAAUGAUGACUCCCGGCCAAAUUCUAAUGUGAAUUACGCAUCAAGUGAUGAUCUCAAUAGGACAAAUUCUAGUGAACAGGGCGAGAAGAUCACAUCCGGAAGUGAUGAAGAAGCUCAAGACGAUUCAUGCUCGAAGAAGAAACAUCGAAGGAAUCGUACAACAUUUACAACUUACCAGUUGCACGAGCUAGAGAGGGCCUUUGAGAAGAGCCACUAUCCCGAUGUUUAUUCCCGUGAAGAGCUCGCCAUGAAGGUGAACUUGCCAGAAGUCCGUGUGCAGGUGUGGUUUCAGAAUCGACGCGCCAAGUGGCGUCGCCAGGAAAAGUCCGAGAGCCUCCGCCUUGGUCUGACCCAUUUCUCGCAGCUGCCGCAUCGUCUUGCGUGCAACGGAAGCUCCCUGCCCGUGGAUCCGUGGCUCUCGCCACCUCUGCUGUCAGCCCUGCCAGGUUUCCUGUCACACCCGCAGACCGUCUAUCCCAGCUACUUGACACCUCCGCUCAGCCUCACGCCGUCCAACAUUGCCAUGGGCAACCUUGGCCUCGGACCUGGUGGCCGUGUUAUGGGUGGUCCCCAGAUGGGUGGUCCUGGAGGUGUUCGUCUCUCCCCGCCAGCACAUGUAGUUAUGCCACCGGCUACGAUGGCUUCACAGAAUCCACCGGCGGCCUCACCACCACGUCCACCACCUUCGCCGGCUCACAGUGUCUCCAGCAGUCCCACCUCAUCACCCAGUGGCCGCCCGCCUCCUCCUGAAGUGGCGGGACCACCACCAGAAAUGUCCGACAUGCAGACGCCACCGGACGGAAGGAUGAUGCCCAAGGAGUGCGCAAUUAACAUGACGAUGAACAAUGCCGAUAUCCGCACCAAUUCCAUCGCAACGCUUCGCAUAAAGGCUAAGGAGCACCUUGAAAGCAUCAAUAAGGGCCUCACGAUGGCCUAGAUUCAAAUAACCGCCGACUUUACUAACGGAUGUGCUUUUUGAAGAAUUAUUUUCAGUCAAACGUUUAAGGAUAUUAAAAAUAUACUUCCACAAAAAAAUAUUUAAAAAAAAAUAAUAAAAAUCUUUGUAAAAUUUAAAUUAAAAAAUAAAUAUUUAUUGGAUUAAACAAUAUUUUAAAAAAAGAUGGAUUUAAGGUAUAGUACCCUCACUCGACCGGGUUCCUCU